ACAUAUGUGAUGACAUUGCAUUUGCAGCACAAAAACAUCAACAUGGCUGCCAAACUCACUCUAUCUUCUCCCUUUUCCUUCAAAACUUCAUUUCUGCCAAAAUCACCAUCAUUUUCUCUAGGUUUAUACUCCCCCAGAACUAAUGUUACCGGUGUCAAAGUUCAUGCUAAAUUAGGUGGUGGAGAUGAACAAGCCAAGAAAGGAGGAAAGAAGAAAUUCAUAACCAGAGAGGAAGAACCACAACAGUAUUGGCAGACAGCAGGAGAAAGGGAAGGAGAGAAUCCCAUGAAGACCCCUCUUCCUUACAUUAUCAUAUUUGGUAUGUCAACUCCUUUUGUAAUCUUGGCAAUUGCUUUUGCAAAUGGUUGGAUUAAGGUACCUGUUCGAUGAGACAGCACUUCGUUGUCUACUCUACUCCUCGAUCUUCACAUGUUAAUUCACGAAUUUUAAGCACUUUACUUCUCAUUCUCAAACUUCAGUAGAGAACUUGUUUCUUUUUCACAUAUAUGUAUGGACAUUAUAUUAUGGCUCGUUGUAAUGAACUAGAGUUCAGUCCUACCACUAUGAAAGUCGGAUUGAAAAAGCUACUUCAGAGUGGCAGUUUGAUAACCCUUGUACGUUUUCAGAUUGAAAACAAAAGGAGAAGAAUCAAGAACAAAUAAGAUAUUUUUCUUACCCUGUUGGA